AUGAGGAGCCUUGGCGGCCGCCCGUCGCGCGCGCCCACGCCGUACGACGUCAACCGCUGCAGCAAACUGCCCUCCCUCAGCGCCAUCCCAAUAUCUCUUCCGCAAGUCUGCUCGCAGUCGCACUCUCGGCCCAGUCGUUGCCCAGCGAUCCGUUUUGCGGCCUUCCCUGGUGGCCCGGCCCACCCUCCGUUCGCUCCGACCGUCGCUCGUUCCGUGCCCUCACCUCCUCAUUUCCAGCAACUCGUCGUCGCGACCCGUCUUGCCUGGACGCGGCCUGUCGCCGAGACACCUUCUCCGCCUGACACGCUCAACCAACGCCUCCCUCCUCCUCCGACCGCGUUCCGCCACCUCUCGGCCUCCACAACCUCUCGCGCCGCCCACUCCGACCACCAUCCGCCUGGCCCUGGCGCCGCCGUGACGCGACAACAAACACAGCUCCGCCGUUGCGCUCCCGCAAACGCCAUGACGACGCCCUCGAGCUCGCCGGCCCCGGAGGUCUACCGCGACCGCCUACCAACCCUCUACGAGGUGCUCAGCCGCAGGACCUCGGCCCCCGUCGACCUGUUCUUCUUCUACAUCUACAUGCGCGACCAACAGCGCUCCGUCGAUUAUCUGGAUUUCUGGCUCGAUGUUUCUCAACACAUGGCCCUGUGCCGUCACUACGUUCGUGAGCUUCGUCGCACCAACCUGUUCGGCACCCCGGAACUUGAGAAGUCCGGCAGCAAGAGAUCUUCCGCCAUUCUGGACAAUGUGACCGAGGCCGGGCCCUCCAACGAGAAGACCACUCCCGAGCAGCGCCUUUCGGCCUUCCUGCGCGAGGAAGAUGUGACCAGGCACCAUUCACCUCACAACAGCGUCGGCACCACCGACUCCGCGCGUUCGAACAACGACCCGCCGCGCCCGAGCUUCAUGGCAGGUUCCCAGGCCAGCGGCUCCCCCAUGCAAGACUCGUCGGGGCACCAGCAAUCCACUCCCGACCAGCACACCGUCACCCGCAACGAUAUCCGCGCCUCGGCCGAGAAGAUCUUGUACACCUACCUCCUCCCGGGCUCCGAGCGCGAGAUCAUUCUGCCGCAGAGCAUUCUGGACAGGAUCACCCAUGACAUUGAGGUCGAAAACCGUGACGAUCCCGAGGUUUUCGACACAGCCAAGGAUUACGUCUACCAGGCCAUGGAGCGUGACGCUUUCCCUGGCUUCUUGCGCUGCAAGGCCUUCGGCAACCUGGUGCCUCCGAGCAUGAUGGUGCGCAUGAUCAUCGGCUUGCUGGCUAUGUUUGGUGGAUUCUGGGCCGCUUUCACCCUCAUUUUCCUGAACCACUCGAGAAGCAACCGUUGCUGGUGGUCUCGAUACCAGCUCAUCCUCCCCUUCACCAUUGGCGUCUACAUGCUUGCAUCACACCAGUACAUGCUCGACCCUCUUCUCGUCUUCGCCCGCCGCAGCGAGACGACAUUCGGCAACUUCGGCAUGAUCCGUGAGCCAUUCGUCAAGAAGCUCCUCAUGAAACGCGCCAUCAUGGUCCUCCUCAUCAUCAUCCUCGCCGACGCCGCCCUGUGCCUGCUGUUCAUCCUCGUCCCGGGCAAGCGCCUAUGA